ACUGUAGCGAUAAUUUCGUAUGUUUUUAAAUAUUGUUUAAUUUGGCACUUAAGUUCCAUGACAUUACAAAAAUUAACGCGCAACUCAUUAGAAUUUUGAUUAUUUUUCAAUUUUGAUAUUUAUGCUGUUUUUAUAAUGUGACUUAUUAAUUUUUUGUAAUUUAUAAUGCCAUAACUAAAAUUUAUAUGUUGGCGAAACAUCAAGGUAUUGCGAAACCAUCUGUUGUCCCAGAAAACUACUGAUGAAAAAAGUUUGACGUUUUCAUUGAUAUGAGGUUUUUGCAUCUAAAUUUUGUAUUUCUUCGUUAAAUUUCGAAUCAUAGUUAUAGAAAGCAAGGUAUUUUUUCACUCUUAAUUGAUAUAUUAAAUUAAUUUUUUUUAGUUUGAUGAUUAAUCGGUUCUUCUGGACCUCUGUAUGUUAUGUGAUUUUUACAAUUAAGACCAAUAAUUUUGACUCAUAAUAUAUGUUAUCAGUUAAGCAAGACUUGAUAUGCGUCUAAUGCAUAAUUUUUAUGAAAUGUCAUUGACCUUUGAUCCUAGAGAAAACUGAUUAGUCAUUGUUAAUCACCACAGAACAGCUUAUUAUUUUCUGUACCUCAGCGUAAAUUUAGAUAUUUCGAUACUUUUUGCUUUACGUUUUUUUAAUCACAGAAUUAUAAUUUCAGAUGGUACUAGAAUCUAUAAGUGAACAACUUUGUAUUAAAUAGUUCUUGUUAGUGAUGUGAGUGAAAUUUUUGACAUUUACCUCUAUUGCCUAAUUAAAUAUUCUUCAUGGCUGCCUCCAUUGAAGAUCAAGUAAAAAGUGUUGUUUCAGUUGACUCAGAAAUGUCUCUUGGAGAAAAUGUAGAAUUGCCUUCAACUGUAAAUGAAAAUGCAGACUCUCUACCAAACUUAACUGAACCUCUAAUACUUCCAUCAACUUCUGGUGAUAAUAUUGAAAGCAGUUCCAUUGAGAGUCCUGUUAAGGCUAAAAGUUCUGUGAUAGAUGAUAAAAAUGAUUCAAUAUAUCAAAUAAAAUGGAUUUCGAGAAAUGGAUGCAAGAGUCCAAUUAUUACUCAGAAUGAAAAUGGGCCAUGCCCAUUGAUUGCCAUAACAAAUGUGUUGAUCAUGAAAGGCCGAAUCACAGUUCCCUCAUUGGCUGAUUUUAUUACAACAGAAAACCUCAUGGCUUACUUGGGAGAUUGUAUACUAGAGAGCAUUCCAAAGAAUAUUCCUGAAGGAACCCAACUGAACUUUGAACAGAAUAUGCAUGAUGCAAUGGCAGUUCUGCCCAAGCUUCAGACUGGUCUUGAUGUAAAUGUUAAAUUCACUGGAAUCAGUGAUUUUGAAUAUACUCCUGAGUGUAUCAUUUUCGACUUACUCAGGAUACCUCUUUACCAUGGAUGGCUGAUUGACCCUCAGAUGGUUGAUGUAAUGGCAGCUGUUGGUAAAUGCAGUUACAAUCAAUUAGUUGAGAAAAUAAUCAAUUCAAAGUGUUCAUCGGACCCUGAAAGGGUCACCGAAGCUCUGAUUGCUGAGAAUUUCCUGGAGAAAACAGCUUCACAAUUAACUUAUCAUGGCCUCUGUGAGCUGACCUCGAAACUCAAAGAAGAUGAGCUUUGUGUCCUCUUCAGAAACAAUCACUUCAGUUCUCUUACAAAGCACAAAAAUUGUUUGUACCAGCUUGUUACUGAUCAGGGUUUUGUAAAUGAGAAUGCAGUUUGGGAGUCACUGAAUAACAUAGAAGGAGAUGGCCAGUUUGUAGAUGCUGAUUUUAUACCUGUACCACCUAAAGCCUCAGAUUUAACACUGCCUUCAGAAUUGUCCAAAGAAAAGCAGAUUGACCAAGAUGAGGAGUUGGCUCGUCGACUUCAAGAUGAAGAAUUGAAGAGAGAGCAGAACCAUUUGCAGGAACAACAACAACAACAGCAGCAGCAACAACAAUUACAGCAACAAGGACAGCCAUCUCAGCCCUCUUCUCCGAACAGUAGAAACAGGUCCAGGGAUUGUAUCAUUUUAUGAUCGUUGCAAGUCUCUGGAAUUCAUCAGAUGUGUGCUAACUGGUGGCCUUAUGUAAACGUUAAGUAUUCCCCUUAGGAAAAUUUGACACUUGUAAAUGUUUCAAAUGAAAUUCUUAUUAAAUUUGUAGAUCAAAUUAGCUUAUUGUAAAGUUCAUGAAAUUUGGACAAUGUGAGGUCUUUUAUUUUCAGUUAAGUUCUAGCCUAUUUACGUGCUAUAUUACACGCUUUAUAUACCGAUUAUUUGUAUAGUCCAGGUAUUAAGAGUAUUAAUUUUUUUGUUAUUUCUGUAAACUAUUGUAUAUUUUAUUUACAUUUAUCAUAUGUUUAAUAUAUUUUGAACAGAAUUAUUAUUAUUUGCAUAAAUAGAAUUCUAUUAUGUGUGCUUAUUGAAUUCUUGGAAUAUCUUUAUCAAACCUGCUCUGUUUAUUAUUGAAGGUUUGCAUGUUUUUAAAAUUGAAAAGUGUGUAUAUAUAUAUAUUUGUUUCCUAUUUUCCUUUUUACGAUACUUUUCUAUGUUGUUUCAUUGCAUUAAUUAAUAUCUUAUUUCAUAUUAAUUUUAAGUUUUAUUUAAAAAGUUUUAAAAUUAAAUGUUAUUAUUUUUAUUUAGUAUUCCUAUAUAUAAUAUAAAUUAUUUUUUAAAAAUUUAUUGUAUAUUCCUUAUAAUUUUUUUUUUCCUUAAAAAAAGGUCUUUCAAAAACAAACAAAAAACCGUAAAUUAUUAUUAGAGUCCUGAAUUAUAAGGAUGAAUUGCUUAUAAAAAUGAGGAACUAUCUUAUCUAAAAUAGGUAUGAUAGAGCAAUUAAAAAAAUCCCCUCGUCUUUGAUUUAAAAAAAAUUGAAAUAGCAGAUAACAAGAAUAACCUUGAUGUUCUUGUUUAAUUUUUUUAAUUAAAUUCAAUACCCUUUUUAUUGCUUAAUACACAUUUUGAAACUUUCCUUAGUUUUUAUUGAUCUCAUUAAUUUUUGUUUUUCAUUUCAAAAUUAAUUUAUUUCAUGAUGGUUUUUUUUUUUUUUUUUGUAUAUAAUAUUUGUACAAGAUAAAUUUCAACAAUAUGAUUGAGAAGUAAAUAUUUGUAUAAAAUAAUACUUUUAGAAUUUUAAAUAUAGUUACAUUAAAUUUUUGAGUUCCCAUAAUUAGUUUUUUUAUCUACUAUUAAUA